AUGUAUGUCUACUUAAAAGAUGGCCAACAUUUACGUUAUAUUAGUCGAGUUAGCUUAGCAGAUGGUUGUUAUCCUUGUGUUCAUAAUGUCUUGCAUGAGCAUAAGGAAUUAGUUGAACCAGCAAUUUGGUUUAAGGUCUUGGUGCUGGAUUCCAUUUGUAUUGAUUGUUCCAAGCGUAUGUUCUACUGGACUACCGGCCAUAUCGGCAAGCAUGAUCUACGUUUAUGGACAACGGAAUAUGGCGAUAUGGAAUUUUAUGAUUAUGAUGAUGACUUUGAUGAGCUCUUUCUUCUAGCUCGCAAGUUAUUAACAGAAAAGAAUGCUAUCGCUGAUAAAGACUUGGCAGAAACACAGCAAGAGAGAAGGGACCAAAAUGUUCAUCUGAUGGCGUUGAAUACCAAUCAUUGUGUCCAAACUAGACGAUUACUUGGUCACAGUGCAAGCCAUGAUGGAUAG